AUGCGAAGACCAUGGCAUCUCAUCCUGGCGCUGCUGGUCGGCGUCCAGGCCGUUGAGCUAGAGAUUGACGAUCCAGCUUCGAUCAAAAAAGCCGCCCAAGUCGUCGCGAAGAACAUGCUCUCUUUCUAUACGGGAGACCGACCCGGCGAUAACCCCGGAAACCUCCCUGACCCCUACUACUGGUGGGAGGCCGGCGCCAUGUUCAACAGCCUGGUCAAUUACUGGUAUUACACGGGCGAUGACACAUGGAACGACAUCACCACCCAGGCAAUCCUGUGGCAGGCUGGAGACACUGGCACCUUCAUGCCGACCAACCAAACCCGAACAGAAGGAAAUGACGACCAGGCUUUCUGGGCAUUCGCCGCGAUGUCUGCAGCCGAGCGGAACUUUCCAAACCCUCCGGAAACCUCGCCCGGCUGGUUGGCGAUGGCACAGGCGGUCUUCAACACGCAGGCGGCGCGGUGGGAUACCGAGACGUGUGGGGGCGGGCUGCGGUGGCAGAUCUUCACGUUCAAUAAUGGGUUCAACUACAAGAACACUAUCUCGAACGGCUGCUUUUUCAAUCUGGCGGCCCGUCUGGCGAAGUAUACGGGGAACCAGACCUAUGCGGAGUGGGCUGACCGGGUGUGGAAUUGGACGACAUCGGUCAACCUCAUGACCAACGACUGGCUAUUCUAUGAUGGAACAGACGAUCAGUCGAACUGCACGUCGUACAACCAAAUCGAAUGGACGUACAAUUCGGGCGUAUAUCUUCUGGGGGCAGCCCACAUGUACAACCUGACCGGGGGUAGUCCGGUAUGGAAAGAACGGACCGAGAACAUUCUGAACGCCACGGACGUCUUUUUCCAGAACCAAGUCUUGUAUGAGCGGGCAUGCGAGCCGAUCAACACGUGCAAGGUGGACCAACGGUCAUUCAAGGGCUACUUGGCGAGCUGGAUGGCGCAGACGACCCAGAUGGCGCCGUUCACCUUUGACUGGGUCAUGCCGAGACUGCGCGUCUCUGCGAAGGCAGCCGCCGAGACCUGUACCGGUGGCUCAGAGCAUGGCAUGUGCGCGCUGAAAUGGACAGAGCGCAAGUGGGACGGCAUGGAAGAUGUCGGAUUGCAGAUUGGCGCGCUCGAAGUGAUCCAGUCGACGCUCAUCACGCGUGUAGAUCCGCCGGUGACGAACGACAACGGGGGGACUAGUAAAGGCGACCCCGGCGGAGGUGCAGAGCCAGCGCCUCCAACGCCAGGCAUUCUUACCAUGAACAUCACCACGGCAGAUCGUGCGGGGGCAGGCAUCCUGACGGUUCUGAUGUCUGCGUUUGUAAUCGGCUCCACGGGAUGGGUACUGUAUGAAUAG